AUGAUGGUUUGCGCGACCUGCAAAGGCUUGCAAAAGCAUCUCAAAACGCUUGAUGGCGCGGGAGAGACAGAGACAGGCGCGUCGCAGUUGGUCGACACUUCACUGCCAAACCUACGUGCAAGUGCCGCCAGCUGUCGCGCGUGUGCCCUGCUCCUACAGGGUAUCCUUCUGCAUCACGACCGGUUCAAGGACGUGAAAGAGAACGUCAUACGAAUCACAGCGGAAGCGUUCAGAUCAGUUCAAGGGCGCAGCUCCCAAGAUCACCUGUCAGUCGAGGCUCGGUGGAACGAGCAACCAGAUGAUGAUGACGACCACGAAGAUGACGACGACAGCCAUGCAGGCUGGCCAAAUCUAAAGCUUGAAUUUUUUACAGAUGGAGAUGGGCAGUCAUCAUUCUCAGCCAUUGGACGAGGACGACAGAUCUUGAGCCAACCUUUGCAGGACGCAGGCCUCUCGACGGUGCGAGACCUGCUCAAGACGUGCCUGUCGAGUCACUCGAAAUGUCGACAAUCCAGGCCAACCACGCUUCCAAGAAGAGUCUUGGACGUGUCAGGAAACGAUUCGAAAAGCGUACGCCUACAUGAAGCCGACUUUAACAGGGAAGAGCGUAGAUUCGAGUAUGGCGAAUACACUGCGUUGAGUCAUGUAUGGGGCGUUGGAAAGGGCCUGCCAAAGACGACGACAAAAACGAUACAAUCGUACAAGAAGGGCAUUCCAUGGACAAGUUUGCCAAGAGCUAUGCAAGAGGCAGUGGUGCUCACGCGGGCAUUGGGAAUUCGCUGGCUCUGGGUUGAUGCUCUCUGUCUCAUUCAAGACGAUGCUACCGCCAAACUUGAGGAAUCGAUGGCCAUGGACGAGAUAUUUGGGAACGCUUUCUUGACUAUUGCUGCGACAUCAGCGACAGACAGCAGCAGCCAACCACUGUUCCCUGCUCAAGUGCAACCUUUCAAGAUCCAAGCUACUGAUAACCAAGGUUCUGCUUUCAAGAUUUACGUUAGGGAGCAGCCGAGCCAUUACAGCUUCAAGGCAUCGUUCGAUGAAGGUGCCCAUAUGAAUGACUGGGAACUACCGUUCAACAUCUCUGAAGACGCCAACGAAGACACACCGUUGCUGAAACGAGCUUGGACAUUUACUGAGCGCCUGCUUUCGCCACGCAUUCUGCACUUUACGAAAAGCGAGAUGAUACUCGAAUGCCGGGAAGGAUACCAGUGCGAGUGCGGAAGAAUCGCCGAUUUGGCUUUCGACUCACGUGCUACCGACUCGAUCAUGCAGGAAUUCGGACGCGUGAUUUCCGAAAUUAACAGACGCCCCUCGUUUGACGGGAGCAUACAGGAUCAGAUGAACGACAUCGAUAGCGUAACUUCUCAGUUUGCCUCUACCACUCUGACCAAUGGGUCCAAGAAUAUUUCUCAGAAACGAGAAGAGGCCCUCCAGCUCUGGAGCUACAUCAUCACUGAGUUCACGGCCCGAAGCAUCACCUACGAUUCGGAUAGACUACUGGCCAUAGCGAAUAUUGCAAAGCAACUGUCACCUGCUCUCCACUCUGGUUACAUAGCAGGCCAAUGGACAUUUAGCACAAUGGGAUUGCUCUGGUAUCCCAAUGACAGCACUAGAUGUCGGCGAUCGAAGUCUCUCACUGGCCACACUGUACCAAGUUGGUCUUGGGCAUCUGUUGAAGGUUCGCCUAUUUUCUUCGACACUGCAUCGGCGAUGGACUUGGCAUGCAGAGUAUCUUUUGCUUCAUCACAGGGAGAUGUCGCAAGCUGGUCGCCCCUAUCUGGAGGUACCAUUGAACUGUCCGCAGCCAUGGUAACGGAGGUAUUGUUCAAGUCUAUGGGAUCGGCCGAUGAACCCCCCUCGUAUCUGCUCUCUAAGAACGGUAUUGUAGUCGACUUCACGCCAGAUAUCGUCCCACCGCGAGGCCAAGACUCUCUGCGCAGCGGCGAAAAACUCGUCUGCGUGCUGGUGAGCAUGACUUACCGAUCAUCGAUCAUUGGCCUAGUCUUGCAACGGUCUACCAACAGCGACAUAUACCGCCGCAUCGGUCGACUCGAAUGCUAUGAGUGCUCACCAGAAGAUAGCGACGAGGAGAUGAGUGAAGACGCGGAAGCGCUUUUCGAGCACUGGUUUCCUGACAUUCAGGACAUGUCGCAACUCGACAACUAUCCUUUACAGCGCUUCACUAUCGUUUAA